UUGCAUGUUGUUUUUAAAGGCCAUUUAAAAGGUAUACAUGAGCUACUGUAUUAUUGUGCUAUUUAAGUUGACUUAAAGAGUUUACAUUUUCAACGUAAAAAUAAAAAUUGUAUGUUUUAUACAAAUAUCCAUCUUUAAUUUACUUUGGGUUCUGAAUUCAUUAACUACGUGAACCACGUUCAGAGGUCUUAUAACUCCAGGACCAGAUGUCACAAGAAUUUACCUUCUCUACUCUUUAACACUUACUGAGUCACCAAGAAACCACGGACCAGGAAUGUUCUCAUUAGACAUGAAGGGUGUGCAUGUUGACAGGUGUGUAUGUGUGUAUGAGACAAAGAAACUGAGACACAAAUAGAUGGAAGGAGAAAAAGAGAGAGGUAGACAGAAAGAGACGGGGGAGGAGAGAAAGAGGUAGGGAAAUGAGAGAGGAAGGCACAACAAUCAAAGGGGGUGGAAAUGGGUAAGCAUGUCAAACCAGUCAGGCAAGUUCUUAUUACAGUAGAAAUGCAUUAUAGAAAAAUGACAGGAGUGAGAGAGUUUAGAGUCACAGGGCAGGAUGGGGAACACCUGUUCUCUCAAACAGCUAAGAGACACAGCAGUCCUUUAAGAAUAAGAUAAGGACCAGAGAGUGCCGAGACCCAUUGCUAGCUCUUUUUGGAUCCAGAUCGUGAAACUUCUGCCACAGAGUAAAGCUGAAGUUAGCAGGUCUCCUUCACCUCCCUGGAUUACAAACUCCCUGGACUUAUUCCAGCUUUUACAAUGAUGGUAGGAAAAUACAUUACAAGCAAAAAGAAACAAGCAUUUUUGCUGAAAAUGUUAGCAACCGGCUUUCAAUUCAAACUGUAAUGAAUACACUGUGUGACAUUCAGCAUGAGUUUGCAUACUGGAAGUUUUGUACGUCAGUUUCCUGAAUCAGACACAGCUAGCGGCGCAACUGAAGGUGCAGAAUCAUCCAGUGGAACGGCAGCACAAAGUCACAGUCAGUUAUCUGUAAAGCCGUUUGGCUCAGCAGCUGCUAGAUUCAAAAUCCGCUCUGCUAAAACACUUACUACCAAGGACCUCAGGACAAAAAGCUUUCCUGAGAGUGAAAACGUUGAAGACUUAAGUAAGAAAAGUGAUGCUACUAAGGAUCUCAAUAAAGCCUGUACUACUCCUGCUAGUUAUGCCCACACUAACACUGAUGACAAAGAGACAGGUAAAACUUUAAGCAAGGAUACACACAAGGACUCAACUCUUCCGAGCAGUUCUGAGAAGGGUGGUGUGAGCGCUAAAACAUUAAACACUCAAGAAGACAAGAGUCAGGCAGCAAGUGACAGGAGCAGAGGAGAUGAAUUGAAGAGAUUUUAUCAGACAAACAAAAGCAAAAGCUUAGACUGGAGAGCAGGACAUGGAAAUAAAACCGGGAUGACUAGUGGGACCAGAGAAUUUGACAGUUAUACAAGGCGAUCUGAUUUACAAAAUUUAGAGAGAACAGGGACCAACGACAAAAUAACUUCAUUCACACCAGAGAAUCAACCCAGUGGUAUUUCACGGAAGGUUCAAGCUUUCAGUGCAGCCAAUCAAGGUGAUCAGAACAGUGACAGAAAGGUUUACCCAGUCUCUGGAUCUACAUCUGUGAGAAUGAACCGGGUAAAUUUUGCUAUGGAGCGAGCAAACAGUGGCCAGUCACUCCCAUCAAGAUUGAAGCCAAGACUUAGCCAAGGUUCUAUUGGAGAAGAUAGCAGUCUCUGGCAAGGUGAAUCGAAUUUUGAUAAGACGGACAAUAGGAAGGGAUCCUGGGCCAGAGAGCAAGGAUCUUCCAGUGCUGAGGAAAUAACUGGAAAUCAAACAAUAAUGGAAAGAAUUGCGAAACUGUUUGGGCCGGAUGCCAACUCUGACCCACACCCAAAGGAUUCAACCAGAUUAAAACGCAGCAAUACUGUAAAUUCUGAUAAUUCAUAUCCCAAAUGUAUGGACAUGGUGGACUCUACUCAAAGUCACAUAAAAUACACUACUGACUAUGAGUCUGGAACGUUUUUAGAUUAUACUGACAGCCAACAGGGGAAACCUUCUUAUGAUACAGAAAAAGCUAGAACAUUCCCUAGAGGGUUUUCAAAAUCAUACUUUGAUCCAAAGCACGAACCCUCUACUAACAGGGAGAACAGAAAUGAUCAAAGGGACAGUUCCUCUGGAUUAAGUUUUUCGGCAAGUUUGUCAUCAAAACCUAAAUGGAGUAUCGAAAUUUCUUCUAUCAAAAAACCUCAGUCCUUUCUGCCUAAAGACAAUGAAGAGACAAGCAGAACAUCGUUUACGGGGUCUUCAAAGUAUUGUAGUCAGUCCUUAGAAAGAACCAGUAGUAGACUGUCAGCAACUGCGCAAUACAGUGUUCACAGGAACCAGCCUGACAGCUCAAGCAUAUCCAGACAGGGUGUCAAACACCUAUUAACCAAUUCUGGAGAAAUCAAGGAGGAAAUUGGCAAUGAUGAACAAUCAGAUAAAGAGAUUACAAAAAAACUGGACAUAAAUGAAAACAAGUAUCUUGGUGGUUUGCAAGAUGGAAUUACCCAGCCUAAACACUCACUAGCCUCAAAAGGAGGAGCACCCAAUGAAAUCCAUAAAGAGGAUGACGAUGUAUUCACAGGUAAAACUAAAGGAAAGAAAGGAGAAAGUGUGCCAGAAAAGUUGCGUUUACCGUCUUCAGAUUCUGUAAAGAAUACAAUUAACAUGUUUGAAACUUUGGCUCUACAAAGCAAGAACACACCAGAUAUUCUUCGCACCAGGAGGGCCUUAUCUGUACCAGAGCAUCCCAAGCCUGCAGCUCUAAUAAAGAAGAGUGAUUCAGACAAAAAUCUAAAUUUUGGAAGUGUUGCAGGCAACACAGAAAUCAUAAGAACAAAUUUCUUUAGCAGAAGUAAUUCUAAUGAGGAGACUGAACGCACUCUAGACCUAGGUAGAACUCUUCAUUCAAAUUCCACAGUCAAAGUAAGACCAACAUUAGAACAAGAGACACACAAAAACAGUUUUGAGGUAGCAUUAAAACAAUUGAAUGAAUCAAGAACUGACCAAGGUACCAUCAUGAGGAAUGAGGAUGAAAGGAGGACUAUGAAUAAAAAAUAUACGGAUGAAGCAGAUUUCACCAUGACUGCUCACUCAGGGCUCAGAGACAAUGGAGCAACAGAAGAAAAAGCAAGAGUCCCAUCAAUCUCUCAACAGUCGAAUGUUAAAAAUAUAUUAAAGCAGAAGUCAUUUAAUGUAAAAAUAGUUGAUGAUGAUGAUGACGAUGAAAACACACCAACUAACUCGCCUGACAGAGCCCCUCUUAAAGUUAACAUUCAACAGCAGAGUAGCCCUGGAGCCGUAACAGAAAAUGGUACCCAUCCCAAAGUGCUGCCCAGUCAUUUUCAAACUUCUCCUCCAAUGCAGACAUAUUCCUCACUCAAUACUUCAAAUAAUAACAACUAUCAAACACCAAGAAAGGAUUUGACCACAAUCACUACUAGCAUGGCUAGGUGGAGUUCUGAUGAAGAAGACGAUGAUGAGGAAACAGACACUGAAGAAGAAGACUCUGAUUCAGGAGAAUCAUCUGUGACUAUCACAAGCAACAUGAGCCAAUCAGAACGCAGAAGUUUCUCUUUAAGUCUUGUGGAACUAUGUAAUUAUGGCGGCGUGGACUAUAAACCAUCAGAGGAUGAUGAAGAUUUGCCAUCUGGACGGUCUGCAUCCUUGAGCUCAGACAUCUCUGCCUUCUCUUCUGUGACUCUGCUGAGCACUGAUGAACUCGACCGUUUACUGGAUGAUGUCAGGGGCUUGGGAGAUGACACCCUACAGAAAUAUGAAGAUGUGCAAGUGGUUGUGUUACACAAGGAGGUGGGGAGCGGCUUAGGAUUUACCUUGGCAGGUGGAGUGGAUCAGAAUAAACCAGUCACAGUGCACAGAGUGAUACCAGGUGGAGUCGCCGCACAGGAAGGCUCAAUCUUCGAGGGUGCUCAGGUGCUGUCGAUCAAUGGCACUGCCCUGCAGAAUUCUGCCCACUGGGAGGCUCUGCGUACUUUGAGAAAAACGAGGGGGCAGGGCAUGGCGGUGGUUGUUCUUCAGAGCUGCAACAGCAGAAAGGAGGUCACUGAAAAAACAGGAAUAACAGGCAGCAGAGUCCGUGUGAAUCUGAACAAGUCCAGCUCUGAUCUUGGCUUCAGUCUGGAAGGAGGGGUGGGAUCCAGCUCGGGAGACAAACCUCUCACUGUACAAAAAAUAUUCCGUGGUGGGCCAGUUAAUGAAGUGUUUCCGGGGGAUGAGUUGUUGGAGGUGCAGGGACAGAGUUUGGUGGGUAUGAUGCGUCUUGAGGCUUGGAACCUCAUCAAGAGACUGCCCCCUGGUCCAGUGGAGGUCUUACUACACCGUCCUCAGCAGCCACAUUGAAGACCGUCUUCUUCCGUCUUGAACCUCAAUUCUCAACACAAUUCAGUCAAUUUAACACUGUUUUUUCUAUAAGGAUUUUUGCUGUUACAGGUUCUAUGAAGUUAUAAUCUUCAAUUAGAAGUAUCGUUCAUUAUAGUGUUUUGAAGUGUUUUUUUUCUUCACUGAUAUGAGAUCAUAUCAUAACUAUCAUAACUAUAUCAUUCUUUUUUUCUUACUGAUAUGACAUCAUAUCAUAGCUAUGAAUUAAUAAUGCCAAAAUUAAAGGCAUAAAAGCACUGGAGGCCAGGAGGUCAUUUUUUUACAACACCUCUUUUAAAUAAUGUUUAAGCUCUUAUAUUAUGUAACUAUUAAUGUAAUAUUGCACUAUCAGUCUUUACAGUUUUUUAAUGCCACUAUGUAUAUGUGUAUAUGUUGUCUGUACAGCACAAAUCCGUCCCAAUUAACUCUUUUUCAUAAUAAAGACAAAGAAAUCAA